AUAAAUGAAUAAGAACCACGACUACCCUAUAACAGGCGAGCGCGUACUUCUCUCGGUCUCUCGGUCUCAAAAUCCCCAAUUCUGAAAACCAAAUCAGGACGAUCGGUUUAGCGUUCUGGAAUCGAAACAAUCUUGAUCGGAAAUCUUCCGCUUGUUUGUCAAACAGUUACUUGCUGUAAACAGCCUAGGCAUACUUGGAUCUUUGCCAAUGGACAAAGGAGUGCCUCCUACCCUCUUUGUUAAUGAUGGUUCAUUCAUGGAAAGGUUCAAACAGCUUCAACAGGAGAAGGAGAAGGAAAAGGAUAAGGGUGCCAAACUAGAGGUGUCUAAACCAAUCAAAAUUAAAUCGGGGUCAUUGACUCCUAACCACAACAUUAGUAGAACAGGCGGGGAACUUAAGACUAAUGAUACACGCAAGAACCCCCAGGCUGCUUCAGGUGGAAAACUUGCUUUUAGCUUGAAACAAAAGUCAAAGAUUGUGGCGCCUCCUGUUAAGUUAGGUGCAGACGAGGAUGAAGAUGACACGGAUGCCGGGAAAGUUUCAGCUGAUGCACCAACGAAACGGCAGAAGUUAGAUCAAGCAGAUGCCUCUGAGCAUUCAGCAAGACAAGUGGAUGUUGCACCACCUUCUCCAAGUGAUCCUACAGUGAAGAUAGUUGCUGACAAAUUAGCAAGUUUUGUGGCUAAAAAUGGAAGGCAAUUUGAGCAUAUUACACGUCAAAAAAAUCCUGGAGACACACCUUUUAAGUUUCUAUUUGACGAGAGUUGCGCAGAUUUCAAAUAUUAUGAGUAUCGGCUUGCUGAAGAGGAAAAGGGUCUGUCUCAGACUAGAGAACCCCAAACAUCUUAUAAUGGUGGUACAAGCACUUCAGCUUCUAAAUCCACUAGCGGUUCCCAAAGGUCUCUUGAGCAGCAUAACUAUCAAACCCCUGCCACUGCUUUAUAUGAAGCCACUGAAGAUCCGAGAGUUCAAACAACUUCAGCAGGAAGAUCUGGUGAAGCUAGUGCACCAACAUUUGCAGAUCCCAUAGCAAUGAUGGAGUUCUACGUGAAGAAGGCUGCACAGGAAGAGAGAUUGAGACAGCCUAAACAGUCAAAAGACGAAAUGCCUCCACCUGCUUCUCUUCAAGGAGGUCCUGGGAAGAAAGGGCAUCACAUGGGUGAUUACAUCCCACCAGAAGAGCUUGAGAAGUUCUUGGCUACUUGUAAUGAUGCAGCUGCGCAGAAAGCUUUCAAAGAGGCUGGUGCCAAGGCAAAAAUUCAGGCUGAUAACGUGGGGCAUAAACUCUUGUCUAAAAUGGGUUGGAAAGAAGGUGAGGGUCUGGGCAGCUCCAGAAAUGGUAUUGCAGAUCCAAUCAUGGCAGGUAAUGUUAAGAAGGACCACUUGGGGGUUGGUGCUUCCCAACCUGGGGAGGUGACCGCUGAUGAUGAUAUAUAUGAGCAGUACAAGAAGCGGAUGAUGCUUGGUUAUCGUUUCAGACCUAACCCUCUGAACAAUCCCCGGAAAGCUUACUAUUGAGCAACUAUAAUCUGGAAGUCUGCAUGUGAAGAUUGUCUUCAAGAAAUAACUUGAAGUUAGAUGCUUAAAAUGGUGGUGUAAAAGAAAAAAAGGGAUUUGGUUCUAUUUUGGAAAAUCAUAAUUUUAUGGAUUCUUAUUUUUGUGAAUUGUGAAUUGUGAAUUUAAGUGUUUGACAAACUAUAUAACCUUUCUUUUAGAAUAUACUUUGAGCAAUAUUAGUGUUCCUCUUCA